GAAAAUAAGGAAGUGUAAAUUCCACGUCCCACAUUUAAAAGUAGAAGUGUUGAGUUGGCGGACGUUUCGUAAAGCUACGAUUUGCACCAAUGUAUGUAUCUGUGUAAGACGUCUGUACCGACUAGGGAUGGACGCCCAGCCCGGGACCUAUGGCUAUACACGGGCAGCCUGCACCAUACUGACACACCUGGUGUGCACUAUAUUCACCAUAUUAAUCACAGUUCUGUCCCGACCAGGAUCAAGUUUGUUUUCUUGGCAUCCCUUUCUUAUGACACUGGCUUUCUCCUUCUUCAUGACUGAAGCCAUCCUCGUCUUCUCGCCCCAUGGCUCCCACUUCAGAAUGUUUCCACACAAGAGCAAGGGCCGGCUUCACUGGGUCCUGCAGUGCCUGGGCCUGGCAUGUGCUGCCCUUGGCUUCGUAGCCAUCGUGUACAACAAACACUUGGCUGGGAAGGCCCACUUCACUUCCUGGCACGGCCUGACGGGCUUGGUGACGGUGUGCGUGGUGGGGAUCCAGUGCUUGGCCGCCGUGUCGUUGAUCUACCCCUCCCUGGUGAAGGGCUGGUCCCUCGCCAAACUCAAACGAUACCACGCAGCUGCGGGCCUCCUGACUUACCUGCUGGGCGGCGGCAGCCUGUUCCUGGGCGUCAGCUCCGUGUGGUUCACGGCCUCUGUGGGGGAGCUGGCCUGGUACCUUACAGCGCUCUGCCCGGUGCUGAGCAGCCUGGUCAUCAUGAGCCAAGUCUCCAACGCCUACAUGGCAAAGAAACGCUUGCAGUCCUGACAGUAUCAAUGCGACCUUACAAAUACGGAUCAAAUCAAUAAACGGUGGCAAACAGGGCUCCUCUUGAAGUUGAAAGCAACAGUUGGUUUUGGGUUUUAAAAAUUGAUAUUUGUGCUCAAAACUCAAGACACACUAAGCUGCCGUUUGGAAUCUUUCCUUCACAAUGGUUCACUUACUUGACAUUCUGCCUUGUUUGUGCUAGUUCUUUUUACUCCAACCGCAUUGCAAUACAAUUGUUUUAUUGUUAAAAUAACAUUGAUAACAGUUAGAUUCUGUUCCUCUGUGUGUAUGAAAUGACAAUUCUCUAUGCAACAGCCACAGAUGGGUCAAAUAAAACCGAUGUUGCAAACUAAUUACAAAACAUAUAUAUUUUACAUCAUAAAUAAAUAAUUGUGAAGAACAUCGAAAUGAGGAACAAACUACAAGAUGUCAUAAAACAUAAAAAAUUGUAAUAAAAUAAUGCACAGUAAAAGAAUAAACAUACUUGACAGUU